AUGAUGCCCUCGAAGAGCCCCGUGGCGCCGGGGGCGUCCCUGACGAGCCCGAAGUCCGGCGCCACCAAGCGGCAGCGGAAGGCGGCGGCUGCAGCGGCGCCGCUGGGCGACGUCACCAACCUCCUCGUCGUCUCUGAGACCCCGACCCCGUCCCCGUCCCCGAGCAAGCCCAGGAGGACCGCCCGCCGGUCCCUCCCCGCGCUCUCCGACGUCUCCGCGGUCUCCUCCGCCUGCUCCUCAGCAUCGGUCACGCCCGCGCCCAAGCCUUCCUCCGCCGCCUCGGCCACGCCCGCGCCCAAGUCUUCCUCCGCCGCCUUCGUCACGCCCGCGCGCAAGCCUUCCUCCGCCGCCUCGGUUACGCCCGCGCGCAAGCCUUCCUCCCCCGCCUUCGUCACGCCCGCUCCCAAGCCUUCCUCCGCUGCCGUCAUCGAGGAGGAGCGCAGUGUGCUCAAAUCGCCGGCCAUCUCCACAGUUUACCGCAGGACCACCGAGGCUCAGGGGAGGUGGAGGAGGAACCCCGCCGCUGCCAACAGCAAGGGCAAGGGACCCGUCGCCGCAACGGCGAGUUGCCCCCCUCUUGGGAAAUCUGCAAGGACCCAUAGCAGGAAAAAGGAUACUCGGCCCAUCUCUGCAUCAGCUCCUUGCCAUGAAGGUAAAAAGGUCUCUAAUUGCUUGCCAUUUCUGAAGCAGAAGCUGUCCAUUGCAAGCACACCCAACUUACUAGAGGACCUUUUGGAGAAGCAGAGAGCAUACUUUGCAGAUAUCGACGCAUUUGAGCUGGUCGAGGAAGAGGUGUCAGAAUCCGAACUGGAGUAA